AUGAACUUUGCAGAUCAUUUUGGUCAAUUGCCAGAUGGGCAGAAAAUAGCUGUGAUAAGGCUAUCAACUCAAUCACAGCAAGGAAUUAGUGAAUUCAAAACUGAGAUCCUUCUCAUUGCUAAACUUCAACACAGAAAUCUUGUUAGGUUUCUUGGCUGCUGUGAAGAAUGCUUACUGGAUAAAUUUGAUAUGAACAACUUAAACGAGAGCAGGAAGUCGUUGCUUGAUUGGAGAAGGCGGUAUGAAAUCAUUAUUGGAAUCGCUAGAGGGAUACUCUAUCUUCAUCAGGACUCAAGAUUAAGAAUAAUACACUGUGAUCUGAAAGCCAGCAACAUUCUUUUAGAUGAAGAUAUGAACCCCAAAAUAUCAGAUUUUGGUACUGAUAGAAUAUUUAGUGGAAACAGAAUGAAGCUAAGACUCUUCGACUUUGGCUAUAUGUCACCUGAAUAUGCUCGAGCUGGUCUCUUCUCAGUAAAAUCUGAUGUCUUAGCUUUGGCCUGGGAGUUAUGGAAUGAUGGUAAGGCUUUUGAUCUGGUAGAUCCAUCAAUAGUUGAUUCUUGUCCCAGUGAGGAAGCAUUACGCUGCAUUCUAGUAGGACUAUUGUGUUUGCAAAUCAACGCAGCAGACAGACCAACCAUGCCAACAAUUCUGUCCAUGCUAAGUAUUGAAGCAACGGUUCCCUCCCCGAAGCAGCCCUACAUUACUCCUAACUCAGACUUGAUUACUACAGAAAUAGCAUCAUAUUCGAUCAAUGAGGUGACAAUUACAGCACCUUAUGUUUGUUAG